AUGACUACGGAGAACACAAGCUCUGUAGGAUUCACACUUGAAAGAGAAGAUUUUUCUAGCACAGAGUACGGACUGGCUAUUUAUAUAUUGACGGCCUUUUUCUGCCUUUGCGGACUGGUGGGUAACGGAAAAGUCAUCUGGCUGCUCAGCUUGUACAUUCAGAGGACAUAUUUCAUUACUUAUAUCUUGAACUUGGCCAUAGCUGACUUUGGCACCCUUUUAGCUUUGUUUAUUCGACUUUUUGCUCUCUCCUUGCAUAAAGCAUCGGAUUUUGCCCUCUCCUUCCUGUAUUCGCUUUUUUUCUUCACUCACAGCACAAGCUUGUAUCUCCUGACAGUCAUUAGUAUGGAGAGAUGCCUCGCUGUUUUGCUCCCGGUCUGGUACCAACGCCGUCGGAGAGGCCAUGCUUCUGUCUUCGUUUCGUUCCUCCUCUGGGUCUUCUCUGGCCUGCUUUCUGGGGGGUUGUUAUUAUUUUGCCACGUUUUGUCCUUUAAAACAACAUAUCUCAUAAUGACUAACAUUAUUUGCAGUUUGAACAUGUUGAUUUUUACUCCCUUCAUGGUUGCUUCCACUCUGACGCUGUUCAUUAAGAUCUGCUGUCACUCACAGGGGCAUCAUCCACCCAAGGUAUACUCAGUUAUUUUGCUUGCGCUCCUGUUCUUCAUUAUCUUUGCCAUUCCAUUAAGUGCUGUACAUGUCGUCUUAAUCUAUAGUAAACAUUAUUCUCGGCUUGCCAUAGAAAUAUCUGUGCUUUGUGCCUCUUUCAACAGCAGUGUUAACCCCUUAAUUUACUGCUUUAUUGGGAGAGAUAAGAAUCACUGGUGUAAGGAUUCGAUGAAGGUUGUGCUCCAAAGGAUUUUCAAGGAUGAAACUGAAUCUAGAACGUCAGAGUCAGCAGCCUGA